AUGGGUCAUCCAGCACUCACGUCACGGGAGCACCUGGAGCUUUUGAGGAGCUCUGCUUUCGAAUCCGAGCACGCCUGGCUCUACGACAACUCCUAUUUGCAACACGAGGCAGCGGCGUUGGCGCUGGAGCAAGAGAUUGAGCAGUCACAUGCCAGCAUAUCGCCCGACGACAACUCCGACGAGCAAGUCCGCAUACUCAAGACGCAAAUCAACAUCCACAGAGAGAGACAGAGGGCGCUGAGGCCACACCUUGAAAGUGGGAGCGAUCAGAUUGACGAAGAGGGCAAUGAGUGUGUCUUUGUACCAGCACCGAAUCAGUGGGGAGCCAACGGAGACUUGGACGAGGAGAGCGAGAGCCUAUCCGCAAUCCAUAACCUCCUCACCUGGCAAACUUCCUACUCGCCUGUGUCACAUGCUCCACAUGACGAACUCCCAUCUCCUGACAUCCCCUACCACUCGUUACUCGAUCCUACACAGCCUACAACGACAUACAAUCUCCACCGCACACGAGAAUGGACCGGGUCUUCAGGCUUCCGGAAGUAUAUCUACAGCGCACGCGACUACUCGAACAAAUACGCUUUGUAUAUGCUUGAAGCCACCCAUCGUGACGACAGUCAAGUCAACGCUGCCGACUUCUUUCGCGUUGCUGAAUUCCCACAACCGUGCAUAUCCAUCCUUCUCUCUGGCAUCGACAAAAAGCGUAUGGCGACUAAAGAUGCUGCCUACAAAUCGCGAAGCAUACAUCUGAAGGGCCCCUUCUCGCAACCGAUCUCUGAAUAUCCAGAUAGACAGCACAAGAUUCCGUGGUCGCCACGACGCUUCAAAUAUGGCGGACGACGGUUCGUGUGGAAACAGGGUGAUCCAAACGAUGAUGCAAUGCCGGAGACAUUGUACGAAUACCAGCAAGAUUGGAUGAAACCUGGAAGCAGGACGGGCAAGCGAUGCGACGACGCGAAGCCAAUCAAACUAGUAUGGGGUGAGAAGAGAAGGAAGGGCAAAGUGGACAGUUAUACGAUCCAUUUCAGAGGUGGUAUGGACCAAGUAUUCAGGGAGAUUCUGCUUGCAAGUCAGAUGGCGCGGCAGUAUCUUGGAAGUGGACAGCAGGCUUAUCUACUACCUAGGACACAUUCGGAGCCCAAGGGUAACGUUGAUCAAUUCAAAACUCUGAUACUACUACGAUACUGCAAUGCGUCCUCUGCUCCUCGCGCUGCAACUGCCGGGUCAAGAUGCGAUUAUUGGGCCACGGCCUUGCUGACGUCCUCCUACCAUCCAGACUAUCACCGAUCGCGCACGCUUUUUCGCACGCAUCUUCCACGGUGGGCAGUAUUGCACAUACCCGAGACAUCUGAUCCCAGUUUAUCUGUCCCAUAUCAAACAUCGUCUACUUGGCAAUCAAACGCCCCCAAGCUAGAGUCUUACGCGCGUCUUUCGCUGACGCCCAUUGUUCCGCAACAGAACCGACAACCUGUUAGCUCAUCUUCUCCACACGGAACAGCCGCCCGGUACCCAAAACGUCGUCUCCGCGCAUCGAAUCACACACUUGAGCGUGUGAAAGUGCAGGUAGACCUACCGACCAGCACGCAACGGUACCACUUGCAUCGCUUACUGCGACAACCCCCAACGCUUCCAUAUCCGCUUCACCGUCUCCCAAGGUUUCUCCCGGAGAAAGACCCACCAGUCAUGUCUUCAACGCGCAACACUGCACUGCGGGAGACGACCCACUCCUUCUGCCGCGCGUUAAUAUCGCCGCCUCCUCCCUCAGACCUCCUAUUGCAGUACUUCAGCAAUGCGCCCAAGAUCACGGAGCACGGCCCUGAGUGGUCACGUUCUCGGUUACCUUUCUUAGCUAAGACCUUUUCUGGUAGAGAUGGGUGCGAGGAGUAUUUCAAGGUGAUGACUGAUGUACUGGACAUGUCUUUGCCCGAGGAUGCAUUCCCGGGAAAGGAGGGGUUCAUUGUGGAUGCAGAGGCGGGAAUGGUAAGUGUCGUUGGUAAGGGACGAUUUACAAGUAGGAAAACGGGCAAGGGAUGGAACGAACAAUUCAUCUAUAGGUUUAGUGGGUUUGACGAGCAGGGCAAGAUAGGGCAUUGGGAGGUCUGGGCGGAUCCAUUGAGCGCCUGGAACGCUGUUGGGGAGUAA